GCGUCAAGAUCUCGUUCAACACAGGACAGCAUCGCAGAUCCCCUGGAAUCCCUUGGUGACAGCAGUUGUGCUUCAUCGCUUCGAUCGGACUCCGACGCCGCAGAUGAAAUGGAGUUGAGGAAAAAUUCCUUGGUGCAUUUGUCGGUUCCGCUUACUUCUUUCGGAUCCAAAAGUGCUUCGCCUCCCCGUGAAAUCUUGCAACAUUCAGCCCUUUCUUCCACCAGCUUAAUUGAACAGCAGAGGACCAGUUCUAUCAGCCGACACAGAUUACUUCUGCGCUCAGAAACCGCGUUGCCUGAUCAGCUACCGCCGUCUAAAGUUGAGCCCCUUUACGAAGACUCUCGACCAAGGGCUCAGGCUAAGCGGUUGAUUAAGUCAUCAUCCUUACAAGACGAUGAGGUAUAUAGUGUGUCAACAGCGCCACAACAGCCCCCACCAAUUCCGCCCCGUAUUACAGUUGCCGGUAGCAUAUUGAUGCACGCACCAGACGACCGCAAAAAAUCACGUGAUCCUGAUGAUGUAAACCAGGCAACUGCUCCACCUGUACCUCCAAAAGUUAAGCCUCGAUUACGUGGUCCUCUAAAGGCGACCCCUACAUCGUCAGCUGGGACCUCCUAUUUGCUGACGUCACAAGAUUGUGCUGGUGUACCGACUAAUCGCAUGAGAUGCCAGUCGUUAAUGAACCGAAACUCUAUCUGUUCCCUCCCUGCGGCCUUGGGAUAUGAGACCAGAAUAGUCGGUUCUUUGGCAUGCUCACCUUGGACAGGUUCCACGGUAAGAAUCCUAGACCAGCAAAAUUUCACUUCUGACUCGGUACUGGGUACUCGACAUAACAUACGUGACCGCAGACACGGUUCAGUUGAACGAGUGAGUUUUACAAGUCAUUUUAACAAUACCAAUUUCAAACAAGCUAGUGAUUCGGUCAAGCUCAGUCCUCUUCUGAAGACAACACGCACGCCUUUGGCUGAACUGCCGAGAACUGAGGUUUCCGGUGUUCAAACUAGGCAAAGCAAAAAUACAACGCACAAUUCAGUACCAACUCCUGGCGAUCCAUGUGGAUAUACCGUUUAUCGAGUAGAAGGUCGUAAAUACCUUAUAAACACACCUCCACCUACUCCACCGAGGCAUCAGCAACCUGUUCAGGAAACCGCUUCUGAGUCUCCCUCAAUAAUGUCGGUUAAUCAUCAACCAAAUGCCGUCAGGAGACGUCCAUACUCCAUAGAUCGUUCAACCAUUAAUCUGGCAAAACCGAUCAUGAAGGCUCUCGAUACUGUUUGUAUGUUUCGUGGAGCCACACAGACACCAGCUGGCUUAGAACUAGUUCAAUCAUUCGAACAUCCUGAAGGCUUGGAUAUAGUGGGAACUGACCGAGCUGAGCGAAGACGGUCAUGCGUCCGGCGGAUAAGUUCACAUGCUUCCACUAUAUCCAGCGAAUCAAACACAUUGAUCUCCACUUCCACGGAAAAAGUUGAUUCCAUUUCUUGAUAAUGCAGUGUCUCCUUACUUCCCUUUAUCCGAUCAAUGACGUCGCUCUCAUAGGAUAACAUACGUCACACAGGAAGCUGCAUACAUCCUUAACCGAUGGUGGAUUUCGGUGUAUUGGAACCGAAUUUAUUCAAAUCUGCACGGUGGUCAGAAAAUUUGCAGCCGUUCGCUUUGUCGGAUCCAGCUUAUAUGAAUUAAUAAAACCGGCCAUGGUAGCUGCACCUGUACACAUUACUGCGCAUCCGAUACGUAAACUAUAUGCUUGCGAACUCUCACCGAGUCACAUAAAUUUUGAUCACUUCUUUGUACUGGAGACGGCAUUGUUUCUGUAAAAUGUUACAGUACUCACAUGUACGUGUCCGAGAGCAAUUCCUGCGUAGGAGAGCGUUCCUAAGACUUAGAGGCUUUAAGCACUUGCUUCGCAAGCAAUAUACCCCAAGACUUUCUCUCUCUCCAUGCUUCGUUUGGGUGUGCAGCGGUUGGAAUUGAUUUAUCGAGCUUUGGAAGUACUCUGUGCUACAUCAAUGUUGGUAAACAAUCAAUCCGCAGAUAUUUUG